UUUGAAAGAUGCUUUCCGCGCGAUCCCGGAGCGCUUUGACGCUUUUGGCACUUGCGCUUGCCCUCAGCGCUGUCACAGGAGCGCCGUCUGAAGCCAAGCUGCGCCAGUUUCUGCAAAGGUCACUUUUCGGCAUCUUCGGAAAACAGGAUCUCACAAGAUACACGCUCGCAGAACUACUGGCGGAACUGAAUCAAUCAGAAAACGAGGUGAUGGAAUCAGACGAUCUGUCACGCGGCGCAGAGAGCGAUGACGUGCGCCAGGAGCUAGAGCGCGCUGCUGGUCCUAUGCUCGCUCCCCGCGAGCGCAAAGCUGGCUGCAAAAAUUUCUUCUGGAAAACUUUUACGUCGUGCUAAUCAGCUGUCAAGAAAUUGUCUAUUUUUACACAUUUGUCUUUUUUUGUCUUUUGGUUUUCACAAACAAAUGUCUAAAAAAUUGUGAACAAGAAAAAUAAAAAUGUUCCCAUUAACAA